AUGAACCGUACGCCACGGCUCACUGUCGCCUACAAAGACAAGCAUGAUCUCUUUGAAACAUUCAAGAAGAGGAUGCAGGAACUCGGCAUUCCGGCCAGGACUGUGUUCUUUAUCGAUGACGACGGCGAGCCAGUGAGACUGGUUAGUGCUGAUACUCUGAUGGACGCUGCAAAAAGCUCGUCGACACUGCGUAUUUAUGCCCGUGAUGAAGGCGAUGAGGAGGAGUUCUCCUGCUCCAGCUGUGAUGAGCUCAACCGCGGCCGGCGACCAUGGAAGCAACAGCGUGGACGCCGCUCUCGCAGUCACUCUAGACACCGAAGCCGUGAUCAUCCUCGUGAGAGUCGAUCUCAUUCCAGGGACCGCUCUACAAGUGGCGAUUCUCGUAGAUGUCAUCGACAUCGCCAUAGUUCUCAUCAUGGCCCCUAUCUUUUCUCCGACUACUUCACUUACCCCAUGACGGACUCACGCUUCGGUCUCUGGCAACCUUUCGGCUACGGUGCUCGCGGUGGUGUUGGAGGCCAUAGAGGUUUUGUCGGUCGUGGAGGUUUUGGCACUCGCGGUGCUGGUCGUGGUCGUGGCUUGUAUUAA